GUAUAUAUAUUUGGUAGUGAAACAGGGGAAGAAGACAAUAAUCAAAGCGAUUCAUUCGUAAACCCAAAGAAAUCUUUUGAUUAAAAAUUACAUAAACCAACAACUAACCACUCUCUCUCAACCUCCACAUUUCUUCUAAUUCCACAAACAUUGUCUCUCUCCCUCUCUCUAUAUAUAUUUAUAUAUAUACACGCACAUACUGUGUGUAAAGGAGAGAGAGAGAAAAUGAAGCUCUCCGCGUUGCAGCAGAGCUACGCGAACCGCCGGAGCAACAGCAUCAGAGGGUCGGCGCCGUCGGAUUCCUCCGGCGACGGCUCCAUCAAAUCGCCGGCGGCAAUCUUCUGGCUACUCUUCCACUGCCUCUGCUGCCUCAUCAGCCUCGUCCUCGGCUUCCGAUUCUCUCGCCUCCUCUUCUACCUCCUCUUCUCCACCUCCGCCACCACCAACCUCUACUCCACCUCGCCGUUCCGCACCACCGCCGAGCUCGCCGGAACCCUAAUUGCGCAAAAAACUCUUUCUUUCUCAACUUCGUUACCAAAUCCCGAAUCACCGGCGAAUAGAACAACCGUUCCGAAUAGCAGAGUGGUGGUUGGCCGGCACGGGAUAUUGAUACGGCCGUGGCCGCAUCCGAAUCCGGCGGAGGUGAUGAAGGCUCACCGGAUAAUUGAGCGAGUUCAGAGAGAACAGGGGGUUCAAUAUGGAAUUAAGAACCCUAGAACUUUGAUUGUCAUCACCCCCACCUAUGUAAGAACAUUUCAGACUCUGCAUCUAACUGGGCUAAUGCAUUCUUUGAUGAAUGUGCCCUAUGAUCUCAUCUGGGUCGUCGUCGAAGCCGGUGGAGCCACCAACGAGACGGCUGCCCUGCUCGCCAAGUCCGGCCUUCGGAUCUUCCACAUUGGGUUCAAGGAGAAGAUGCCCAUUUCGUGGGAGGAUCGCCAUCGGAUGGAAGCUCGAAUGCGACUUCGUGCUUUGAGAGUUGUGAGAGAAGAGAAACUAGAUGGGAUUGUGAUGUUUGCUGAUGAUAGUAAUAUGCAUAGUAUGGAGCUCUUUGAUGAGAUCCAAAAUGUGAAAUGGAUUGGGGCGGUUUCAGUUGGCAUUCUUGCUCAUUCGGGUAAUUCUGAUGAAGAAUUAUCAGUAAUACAGAAGGAGGAUGAGAAGAAUUCCCCAAUGCCAGUUCAAGGUCCGGCAUGUAAUUCAUCGGACAAGUUGGUUGGUUGGCAUACAUUUAAUUCACUUCCAUAUGUGGAGAGGAGCGCAAAAUAUAUUGGGGACCGGGCGAUUGUGCUGCCGAGGAAGCUUGAGUGGGCUGGAUUCGUGUUGAAUUCGAGGUUGGUUUGGAAGGAAGCUAAAGAUAAACCGGAGUGGGUUAAUGAUUUAGAUACUGUAGCUGGCAAUAGAGGGGAUGUGGAGUCUCCAUUGAAUCUGCUGAAGGACCCUUCGGUGGUGGAUCCUCUUGGGACUUGUGGGCGCAAGGUUUUGCUCUGGUGGCUCCGUGUUGAAGCUCGUGCAGAUAGCAAAUUCCCUGCCGGAUGGAAAAUUGAUCCUCCACUAGAGGUUAAUGUCCUGGCAAAACGCACACCGUGGCCAGAUACUCCCCCCGAACUCCCAUCUACUGAAAAAGAUAUCGGCAUCCAAGAGAGCGCUGAGAAUCGUGGUACAAAAACUCGGACACCCAGGUCAAGGCGUUCCCGAAGCAAGAGAAAGCGUGAAGCAAGAGUAUUAGACACACAAGUUUCUGCAAGGCAGACUGCAUAAAUAUAAGACCCUAAUUGUUAGCCAAUUCAGGACAUUUGAGAGUACACUCUGCUGUUAAGACUGGAGAUUGCCAGCCUUCAGCAUCAUCAAAUUGCUAAGAGUACAUACAGAAGGCUUCUGUUCAGGUGGGCAGUUGAUUGAUACAUGCAAUUUUUUUUUUUUUUGUUUUUCACCUAAUUUUCAUAUUUUCUUUAUUUAAUUUUUUGCUUGGAUGAUUGAUAUUUGUCAACUUAGUUCUGGUGAUUGCCAGGAAAUUUGUAUCCAGUAUGGUCUAAGUUGUAUACUUGCCAGCAAAAUAGAAAUCAUAGAUUUGUGACAAUACUUGUUUGUAAUAAUAGAGUUUUUUCAUUGCAAAA